AAUUGACGGCUUGUAAAGUAAAAGUGUUCUAUAGUGACAGGUGUUUGUGAUGUGAUCAGUUUUCUUGAUUUCAUUUCAUUUCUUAAAAUUGACUCAUACAUUACCAUCAUACAGAGAAAUUUUAUUUAUUUAGAAUUGUAUAGCACUUUUCUGUUUACAACAAUCGAAUAGACAAUGGCCUUCCAAUCACCUAUGCCCAGUAGAGACUUUUUGAUGGAUAUUUUCAGAAGAGUUGACAAAGACCGCAGUGGAUAUAUUUCGGCUGAUGAACUUCAACAAGCUUUAUCAAAUGGCACAUGGAACCCAUUCAAUCCAGAAACUGUGAGGCUCAUGAUAGGUAUGUUUGACAAACAAAGCAGAGGCGUAAUAUCAUUUGAAGAUUUUGGUGCACUCUGGAAAUAUGUCAGUGAAUGGCAAAACUGCUUCAGAUCAUUCGACAGGGACAAUUCUGGAAACAUCGACAGGCAAGAAUUGAAGAAUGCCUUGACGGCGUUUGGCUACAGAUUGUCCGAUGAAGUGGUCGGCAUUAUGGUUCAGAAAUUUGACAGGUUUGGCCGCGGAACCAUACUGUUCGACGAUUUUAUCCAAUGCUGUGUUACGUUGUAUACAUUAACUUCAGCAUUUCGCCAGUAUGACACGGAUCAAGAUGGCGUUAUUACAAUACAUUACGAGCAAUUCCUCAAAAUGGUCUUUGGAUUAAAGGUAUAAUUGGGAGCGCAACUGUUUCUCGUUAAUAUUAUUAAGAACAUUUUAUAUUAAUAUCUGAAUGUUAAUAUUUAGUUAGGUACUAUACUCUCAUUUUGUAACAUCGUAUUUGAAUUAUCUAUUAUAUAUAUAUAUAUAUAUAAAAAAAGAAAUACUGAAUACAAUAUGCAAAAAAUGCAACGUUAUUAUAAAAUGCAAAAUUUUUCAAAUUUUGUAUGUAAUUUUAUUCUUAUGAUCUUAGUUUUUUCGUUAUUAUUACGUAUAUAAAUUAAUUAUAAAUUGUUAUUCUCUUUAAAAGUAGGCAGGUAACUUCAUUUUGCAUUUAUGGCCCCUCUUUUUGGAUACCAGGAGUAUAUAACUUGCUCCAAGGAAAAUACCUAGUCGCAUUCUGUUUUGUUUUAAGAACCAUUUAUAUGGUUUUUACCAACAUAUAUAUUGUUUUUUAACAGCUUAGAUAUAUUUCAUGUUGAUUUAUAUCCUUGGAGAAGAUUUUCAGUUAAUAGAAUACUAUUGUUAAAUUUUACAUUGGUGUACCCUUUACAACUUAAUAUAACAUAUAAUUGGAAUGUUACAAUAACUUUACAGUUAGCACAAAAUAUGCUAUUAUAUUUUAGUACCUAUACAUAAUUAUAUUGGCUAAGUAAUAUUAAGCAAAUAAUAUUUACAUUUAAAGGAUUUUGGUCUGUUUGUAAAACAAACAAAUCAAAUAAUUUAUACUCUUAUUGUUCUGGAAUGGUAUUAAUCGUAGCUUUCUUAUAUUUUGAUAAUAUAUGUAUAUGGAUUAAACUAUAAAUAAAUGUUAUUUCUCUAAUGAAUGGGGUAUUUGUAUCUAAUAGUUAUGAUCGAUAAAUUGGCUCUCCCCAUCUAUUGUAUGAUUAUUUUGCUUUAUUUCCUAUUUGUUAUUGUUAUAAGAAAUAAUAUUCCACUGCGAAAAUUCUGUUUUUGAAAUAAUAAAUUAUUAAUUUUGAUUAUAUUUUUUUUUUCAAUUAAAACAGAUAUUGUUAUUUCGAAAACGAAUUUUCAUUUCAAUUUAUUAUUGUACGGAAUUUUUCUAUUAUCCUUUUAUAUGUUAAUAUUAAUUUAAAUGAAAAGACCUUUUUCUAUUCAAAUUAAAUGCCAAUGAUAAUGUGGAGUUUUCUAAUUGUCUAUUUGUAUUUCGUAUUCACCGGCUUUGUCGGCGCACUAACUAGGUAAUUUCUCUUCCGUCCAGUGUUGGCCGUAGACCCGCCAGUUGCCAUGCUCACAGUUCUACAGAGGUCUGGGUAAUAUAUGUAUGUAAUAUUUAUUUAUUAUUAAACGUCAUACAUACUACAAAUAUAUAUAACACUGUCAAAUAUAUAUAUAUAAUCAUAGCUAAAUGAAUUUAUUCCUUUAUGAAGCUAAUGGCUUUUCAUCAUUCGUUCGCGUGACUGGAUAUAAAACAAGUCUAUGUCCUUUUCUUCAUCCUUAACACCUUAAAUUUGAAAUAUUAGUAUGGAUUUUAGACUUUUAAUAUUUAAUUUUACAAUAUUUUGUACAGUUUAGAAAUAGUCUAAUUAAUGUCUAACUAUUCUCUUGCAUUUAGUAUAAAAUAUGAAUAUGAUUGUACAUAUUUGACAGUGGAAUAUUUUAUUUUCGAUACCAUUAUCAUAUUUGUGUACUGUACUUACCCGCAUUAUAAUUAGAUAUUAUGUUGUUAUAGCUCUUCCCACCAACGAUGCGAUAUACCAAACUGUUUAUAGAUACCGGCAAGUAACAUGAGCAUGCUUUUUUUUGUUCAAGUUGUUUGCCGCCGACUGUACAUUCCAGUGUAAAUCUGUUUUAGGAUUAGCACUCACUAGCAGAACAGCAUGGUACAUAAUAAUAUAUACAGCAUAGCAUACAUAGUACACUAGGUAUAGCAGAGGUUCUCAAAGUAGUCCGUGACGUAAUUUGUUUUGACAAUGGCUUUGUAAACGAUGGUGAAAUACAAAAUUCGUAAGUGCUUUGUGAUGUGAACUGAAACUUGGCAACCUCUGUCGUUAAUAAGAUGAUGAGCUAAAUUUUAUUCGAGUUAGUUACAGCAUACUACAGACUGGCGUUUGGUUAUGAAAUCGACUAAAGAUUAAUGUCAAUGUAAACCAUAAAUAUUUUUUUGUCAGUGAGUGCUAAUCCUUACAGCUUAGUGGUAUGAUCACACUAUCUGUAGUUUCAAGUACCGAUGGGUAAUGCAUGGGAUUGUAUUGAAUAUUUCACGUCGCUUUCACUCUAAUUCGGCUCUUAAUUAUAACUUUUGCCUUAGUGAACAACUUUAACUAGCUAUUUAAAGCAUGCAAAAUAAGAGAAAAGUUCGAAAAGAAUUUUACAUCUAUACUAUACAAGCUAUAGCGGAAAGGGUAUAAAAAUUGGAAAUCCAGCAAUAGUCAGCGCUGUCAGUUUUAUUAAUAUUAGUAGAUAUUGUGAAAUCAAUAUGUCUUUUGAAGAAAAUUUUUAAGAAUACUAUUACUGGAUUUUAGGUUAUUUCGUCCUUUUCGUUAGUUAUACGUUGUUACUAGGUACAAAGGAAUAACACCCGAGUCUUCAAGGAAUGGCAACGCAUAAGGGGUAUCAUGGGCGAAACAGUAUGCUCUGUUGUGUCCAUGGUGCUGCUUGUGUCUAUGGGCGACGGUUGCCACUUUCCAUCGGGUGGGCCGUUGGCUUGUUUGCCAUUCUAAGUUAUGUAUAAAAAAAAUCUUCACGCCAGCUCCCUUACGGGGUAAGCAAAGAAUUUAGAAUGUAGUUAGUAAUGGAGAAUGUUAUGUACAUACACUUUCUAAGGAUUUAAAAAUCCGAGAAAAAGUCUAAAACAAUAAAAAAGAUAAACUAUGUCACUUUCUCUGCGGGCUUUAAAAGAUAUGUUUUUAAGUAUGAAUAUAUAUAUAUUUUUAUAUAAAUUUCUGUAUAGUGUGUAGCUGAGUUAUGUAGUAUAUAGUACCUACAAUAUAUGAAUUUCUUCAAUAUAUAAUAUACUGAUAUAGGGGUCAAUAAUUGUGUAUAGUAUUUGUAACUUGUGUUACGUAUUCCUUUAAUAUUUUGAAAUCUGAUAAAUAUAGAAAACCUGAUAGAAAUAUCUAAAGAUAAUAUUUAUAUGGGGAUUGUGUUUUAAAAAAGUAUGUAAAACAGUGGUAGUUCUGCAUACAUAAGUAUAAUCUCCCCCCUUCCCCCCUGAAAUACGUAUCACUCCCAGCACAAACCAUCACUCCUUAGAAUCUUUGGAUUUUCUUAUAUAUUUCUGUACUUUAGUCACCUGAUGAAAUUACUCGUAAAAAUCUAUAUCGAUAAAGUUUGAAUAAAAAAUGGUGUAUCUUACUAGAUCACGAUAUUAUCUAAGUUGCUUACAUAGUGCGUGGUUUAUGUAAUUUUAUUUGUAAUUAAUUUAUAUUACAACAACAAGUACGAUUUCUCCCUAUAUUUGACAUAAAUACUAUGUACAUAUUGUUGUUUUAAAUUAAUAUCUAUCGGUUUGACUUCCAUGUAAUUUAGUUAGUCAGGCUCAUAUUUAUUUGGAUGGCGUUAUAGCCGCUCUAGAUUAAGGGUCCCGAAUAGUCCUGAAACUAGUCGAGCUUUCUUGACCAAAUUAUAUGUAAGUUAAACCGGUAGUUAUUAUUUAAUACAUCAAAAUAUAAUGUGUAUUUGUUAUUUUAACCUAAUAUUUUUGUUUCAUAGGGACCAACUAUUUUUUUUUAUUAAUGUUAUAAUGGAGAAAUUUUGUUUUAGGUACUAUAUAUUGACGACGCAGUAAUAUUAGAUAAUAGGGUUCCGUAUAAAAUUUGACAAUGUAACCCUUGUAGCUAAACUAUAAGUAAAGAUAUUAAUUGUAUUAUUUUUUUUGUUGUCGCAAAUCUGAAACUGAUGAAACUGUCUCAGAUGAAAAGUAAAAAUUUGCAUCAACGACUCGACUCGUCUUAAUAGCACAUUUGUUAAAGAAGCGCCAAAGUAGAGGUACAUAUAGUUUAUAUGUAGAAUGAUUCGUUGCUAAGUAUUUUACAUAAACGUAGUUUCUACUAUGAUACAUAAUAAGUGGAUGUGACAAAGUCAUAAAACCCUGGCCUUUUAUAUACUAAUUACUGUAAAACAGUAAAAUAAUUUUCGCAUGCAUUGACAGGUUAUGACCCUCAUUUUAGGUUAAAAGAAGGAAUGUAUUAAGUAUACAUUCUUAGAUAAGUUUAAUUGAAAAUUGAUAUAGUUACGUAUACAUUUAACGUUGAACGAUAGAUUUAUAGCGAUAAGCUCCAACAAUAACGCAAACGAGACAACCUAAUAAUUUUUAUUUAUAAUAAAUAUAGAAAAUACAUACUUAUUAUGAAAGAAUUUAUAGAAUGAAUAAUAUUGUUUUAAAUUCAUUUAACAAAGGUUGUCCUUCUCUCUCCUACUCGCUGUAUCCAACAGAGUCCGUAAUUAGAAUUGUUUCAAUAUUUACCAACUACCUAAUUGAAUGCAAUGAAUAAAUAAACCUGAGGGCCUACCAUGAAAUGGUUUCCGAAAUUUUGAAGCCGAAAUUAAAAUUACAUAAUACAUACCGUUUAAAUAUAUUAAAAUAUCGUUCCUUUAGACUUUUAUGAUAGGAUUUAUGAUGAACAAACUGCUGCACCUAUUUUGGUCUGAACAAAAACGCGAAAUUGAGUCCGAAAAAUCGGAAUUUCAUUUCAUGGUAGAAAGCCAGAUCACGCCUCUUCGAAGGAUCAAACGAAGGUCCUUUGCUUCAAAUUUGUAGAACUACGCACAAUAAGUGUGUACCGUACCGUUUAAGAAUUUUCAUAAAGUGUGGCAACGUCGGCAGUAUAUAAUAAUAAAUAUGAUUCAGACGUUGCUACAUUUCUGUACAUAAUAUUUUACACGAUCGUUAACUAUGUAGCUUAUAGCACUCUCACAUUUAAUAUAAAUCACCAUACAACACCAUAUAGUAAUUCAACAAGUUGCCACGGUGCGCCAAAAUAAGUACAUCUCAUACAGGUGAAAACGGUAUUAUCAGCAUGUUUCUACACAGCGUAUCCAGCUGUCACUGGUUAGCUGUUUUUCAGUCCAUGUUUCUUUGGGGGAAAUGUCCAGUUUAACUGGUAGAAAAAAAAAGUUCUAUAAUUCCUGUAUACAUCCAUUCUUUAUGCCAGGUUGUCUGUAAGAGAUUGCUUUUAGCGAUAAGGCCGCCUUUUGUAUAUGCACAUUCUGUAUAAAUACUCCUUGUAUACAUCUCUACUGUGCGCAAUAAAGAGUUUAUUAUUAUUAUUAUUAUACAUGAUGCCACGUGAAAUUAUUAUUCAACUUUAGCAGUUGGGUAAAAACAGCUCAUGAAUCAGCUCAUUUUGCCAAAUUUUCUUAACUAGUUCUUCAUACUUCUAUGUAUAUCUACAACUGCUCAACGUAAUGAACGUUUCGUAGUUGUUUAUUUGUAAAAUUUCUACUAUAGAAUGUUUGUACAUUUUCUACUAUAGAAGAAAGAAGUCGUGUUUAGAUAUUCUUAUAAAAAAAGAUUCUACUACUAAAAAAAAAAAAAAAUUAACUGAACAAUAUUAUUGAUUUACAAAGUUUUUAAGAUCUGUCAAGUACUUUCCUUGUAUAAAUCAUUAUUUAUCAUUCAUUAUAUUUUCAGUUGGCAAUUGACUAGUUGUAGUUAUUAUACCUAUAAGAAAUACGCAUUUAACUUUUUGAUUUCUAGCUACUAAAGCUUCGUUUACGAAUAGACACAGUUAAGCGUUUUAUGGGAUUAAUCUAAAUAUAAGUAUCUAUGGAGUAUUCGAGGGGUAAAGCGGAUUUUUUCAACUUUCGAUAGCUCUUGGUUCGAUUCUUAAACAAUAUAUUUGUAUACUUGAAUAUAUUUAUUAUAAUCGUUAUAGGCGUUUAUUAUGUAAUAAUAUACUUACAUAUAAUUAAAUGAAAUACACAAAAAUAUAUUCGAAUUAAGAAUCUCUUCUUUGAAGUCUCUUACAAAAGUUAUUUGGAUAUUACAAAAUUUGCUUUGUUUGAAACUAGAUGGCGCUGUCUUAUGUUAAUAUGAAAUUGUGAGAGUCAACGAGACAAUAAAUUGCUGUUUUAAUGACUAAAAUUGGAAUGGUAUCUUUGUAUAAUUGUAAUUUGUUUUUGCAGACGGUGUUUUAUUUAGAGACGAUAAGUGGGAAUUGAAAUUAGUUUAAUUAGGUCUUCGUGAUGAUUUAUGCGGAUGCAGGUGGCUCAGAACCGUUCCUUAUGGCUGUAUAUGGUGGGGGCCUAUGUUCAGUAGUGGACAGAUAACGAAUGAUAUAAUUAUGAUGAUUUAUGAUAGUUUCCAGGGAACAGAGGAAUAACACCUGAGUCCUCAGGAUGGCAACGCAUGGGGGGUAUCAUGGACGAAACAGUAUACUCUGUUAUGUCCAUGGUACUGUUCAUGUCUUUAGGCGACGGUUACCACUUUCCAUCAGGUGGGCCGUCAGCUUGUUUGACAUUCUAAGUUGUAUAAAAAAAAAAGUUAUAUUGACAGCAGAUCUGUUACUAACAAUGCCUCUCUUAAGUAUACAUUAUUUGUAAGACAUGUGUGAACUAUUCUAGUUUCUAGCUACAAUCUGCGAAGUGCGUUACAUCCAGCUUAAAACUCAGCCUUUCCGUAAACAAAGCUUAUUCACGAUAGUUUCUCUAAUUUAAUAAUAUAUGUAUUUAGUAUGUACAUGAUUUAAUAUACAAUUUUGUACUGAUUUAUUAUAAACUUUUAUAUUUAAUACAUAUUCUUAUGUCGCA